AAUAAGAACUGUUUCAGAUCUGAAUUUCAAUUCGCCCAGAUGAUGCGUCCCUUUAUCAUUCCUCAUGCGGGCUUUGCUUCUUUUGCACUGAGGGGUUGUGUAUAUUCUUUUAAAGGAACAAGAAACUCACCCCAUAAAGAAUAUUGGACUGGUUUUAGAUCUUCUAGUGUUGUUUGGUUUUCACCACUGGAACUCUAACAUGGGAAUCCAUGAUAAUAACAAUAUUACUGUGAAUGGAGUUUUUGGCGGAGAUAUGGAAAUGUCUGCUCUGCCUUUGGGAUCUAAGAAUAAGUACAAAAGAAUGGAUUCUGAAUUGACUGAUGGUGAUGAUGAUUCACAUAAUCAUCAUCAUCAAUUGGAAGAUAGGAGUAAGACUACAAGGAAGUUUGUUUUGGCUUGUGCUAUUUUUGCAUCUCUCAACAAUGUCCUCCUUGGAUAUGAUGUAGGUGUCAUGAGUGGUGCAAUCCUAUUCAUUCAUCAAGACUUGAAUAUAACAGAGGUGCAGGAAGAAAUUCUGAUUGGUAUCUUGAGCAUUGUUUCAAUUUUUGGUAGUUUAGCUGGUGGAAGAGUAUCAGAUGCCAUUGGCAGAAAAUGGGCCAUGGGCUUAGCUGCUGUCAUCUUCCAAGCAGGAGCAGCAGUAAUGGCUGCAGCCCCUUCAUUUGAGAUACUAAUGAUAGGAAGAAUAUUGGCCGGAAUUGGAAUUGGAUUUGGAGUCAUGAUUGCACCUGUUUAUAUUGCGGAGAUAUCACCUACUGUUGCUAGAGGCUCACUCACCUCCUUUCCAGAAAUUUUCAUUAAUAUCGGAAUUCUUCUUGGUUAUGUCUCUAAUUAUGCAUUUUCCGGGCUUCCAGCACACAUAAAUUGGAGGAUAAUGCUGGUUGUGGGAAUUGUGCCCUCCGUUUUGAUAGCAUUUGCUUUAUUUGUAAUCCCCGAGUCACCAAGGUGGUUGGUUGUGCAGAACCGAGUUGAAGAAGCUAGGUCUGUUCUGUUAAAAACAAAUGAAAAUGAUGCAGAGGUGGAGGAGAGGUUAGCAGAAAUUCAAUUGGCUGCUGGAAAUACUACUGAUGCACAAAACCAUGAAGACAAGCCUGUCUGGCGUGAACUUUUAAGCCCUUCUCCUGCACUGCGCAGGAUGUUACUCACUGGGUUUGGAAUCCAGUGUUACCAACAGGUUACUGGUAUUGAUGCAACUGUUUAUUAUAGUCCCGAGAUCUUUAAAGCUGCUGGUAUGCAGGGCGAAUCAAAGCUUCUUGCUGCUACGGUAGCUGUGGGUGUUACAAAGACGGUAUUUAUACUUGUAGCGACUUUUUUAAUUGACAAAGUUGGAAGGAAGCCUCUGCUGUAUGCAAGCACAAUUGGGAUGACUGCAUGUUUGUUCACAGUGGCAAUCAGCCUCUCUUUACUAGGACAUGGAUCUCUGGGGAUUGCUUUGGCAAUACUGUCAAUUUGUGGAAAUGUAGCAUUCUUUUCCGUGGGGAUGGGUCCAGUUUGCUGGGUGUUGACAUCUGAAAUAUUUCCUAUAAGGUUUCGUGCUCAAGCAUCAGCGCUUGGAGCUGUGGGUAAUAGGGUGUGCAGUGGUCUGGUUGCCAUGUCCUUCCUCUCUGUUUCUCGUGCAAUUACCGUGGCUGGAACCUUUUUUCUCUUUAGUGCAAUUUCAGCUACCUCUGUUGCCUUUGUUUACAUGAUUGUUCCAGAAACGAAAGGCAAAUCUCUCGAGCAGAUCGAGAAGAUGUUUGAGAAAGGAUACGAGUCGCAAGGAGGUGAAGUGCAGCUUGGAGAUGCUGAACGUUUAAUGCAGAAACAAUAACAUUGGAUGCAUUCUUUGCUUGAGCCAGACCAGAAUGACUGUUGUGGAUAAUUUGUAUGCUGCAAGCCUGUCAAACUACAACCUGGGAUUUGUCAUCAGUUCCUUGCAAAGAGGAUUGAUGGAGAACAAUCCCUUUUGGGCAUCAAAGCAUCUGUUCCACAGCAUUGGUCCCUCCUAUUUAGUAACCGAUGUGAAACCAUAGUCACAGGAAUACACUGUUGUUGUAGCAGCUGUAGGUUGUGCACAGUGAUAGCAGAUUACUCAGAAAGAUCAUCUAUUAUUUGGUACUUCCAUGAAUUUAUGCUUCACAUGAAUGCAAUCGCAUGUUUUUGUUAGACUGAUUUGUAACAUCACAAGAAUAUUUCUGUUCGUA